CCGCCAGUCUCCCGCCAGAAGCAAAGUCACGAUGCACCUGGCUGGCCUGACAGUCUGGCUGGGAAUACUAACUGGGCUACUGCUAUGUAGUGUCCCCCAUCGUCUGCCCAAGUGGGUGGUGCCGUUAAAAUAUCGCCUCAACAUCCUGGUGCGGGUCAAUCAGCCCUAUCAGCCCUUCGAGGGCUCUGUGGCCAUCAGUAUGGUAGUGGAGAAGCCCGUUAAAAGUUUUCAGUUAAAUAUCCAGGACCUUGAGAUCCAUAGAACCAAGAGUCUUACGUUGACGAUGAAAGGGACUGUGAAAUCCCAAAAAGUACCCAUCUUAUACGUAGAGUUGAACGAGAAAUCGGGACGGAUGACCAUUACUGUCCAGACGGCACUUGUGGUGAACUCCACCUAUGUCCUGAAGAUCUUAUUCAACAGUGUCCUGCGACGGGAUAACAUCGGACUGUACAGUAGCUCCUAUGUGGACCAGAACACCACGUUGACUCAGUGGAUGGCGGCCACACAAUUUGAGCCGAUCUUUGCCCGGCAGGCCUUCCCCUGCUUCGAUGAUCUCAUGUUUCGGACACCGUUUAGCAUUACCGUGGGUCAUCCGGCCCAGUUCCGAGCACUCUCCAACAUGCCAGCCACAAAGACUACACGUCAUCCCAAGUUGAAGAAGUUUGUGUGGACUUCGUUUGCAAAGACUCCGCCCAUACCCACCUACCUGGUGGCCUUUUCGAUCGCCAAGUUUGAUGUUCCCGGCUCCACCAGCCUGGAGCGUCCGGACUGUCCCAUCAGCACCUGGACCCGGCCGGAUGCCCUGCCCCAAACGAACUAUGCCACACAGACGGCGCCCCUGUUGUUCGCCUUCUACGAGGAGCUCUUUGGCAUUCAAUUGUACUUCUCCAAGAUUGAUCUGCUGGCCCUGCCGGACUGGGCGCACUGGGCGCGGGAGAGUCUGGGUCUCUGGACCUUUGCCGAGGCGGCCAUUCUCUAUGACAGCCAGCGUAGCUCCCUGGCGGACCAGCAGGCUGUGGCCCGGGCGGUGGCCAUAGCAGUGGUGCAACAGUGGUUCGGCAAUCUCGUCUCCAUCACCUGGUGGCAUGAGCUCUGGCUGAAGAAUGCCUUUGCCUUGUACUUCUCCACCUUCGGAGUGGAUACCUUAACGCCCGAGUGGGAGUACAAGGAGCGAUUCGGUUUGCAGUUGUAUUUCAGUGUCCUGGAGACCGAUUCCUACAUACACACGGAUGUGGUGGCCACACCGGUGCCGAAUGAAUCGCACAUCUGGACGGCUAUCCAUGAGAGUGGGGAGCGGAAGGGGGCCGUUCUGCUGAGCAUGCUGCACCACAUGGUGGGCGAGGAGGCGUGGAAUGCGGGCGUUAGGCGCUACCUCACCAUAAAUGCCAAUCAGAGCGCCUCGGCGAAGGACUUUUGGGAGGUCCUACAGCUGCUGGUGGACCGAGACGGUCGCCUCGGUAAAGGACUCAACGUCACCCGGAUUAUGGACAGUUGGCUCAGCUAUCCGGGCUAUCCUUUGUUGACCGUCACACGCAGCUAUGGCCAGAAAUCGGCCCUGGUGGAGCAGAAGAGGUUCCACAUCAGCCCCCAUCAGCCGGACCGGGAGAUGAGUCCCGUCUGCUGGUGGAUACCGCUCACCCACACCUGUGGCAGUUGCAACGACUUCAACAGCUCGGUGCCACGUCACUGGCUGACCUGCACCCUGGCUGGCAACACCAAUCGACCCAUUCCCGUCCGGAUGCAUGAUGUGGUAGCGGGUCCCACGGACUGGCUGCUCCUCAACAUCCGGCACUCGAGUCCUUUGCGCGUCAACUACGAUCUGCGGAACUGGGAGCUCCUCAACCAGACCCUCUCGAAUCCCGAGACCUUUCGCUCCAUUCAUCGCGUGAAUCGCGCCCAGCUGGUGGAUGACAUCCUGAACUUUGCCUGGAGCGGAGUGAUGGACUAUCAUAUGGGAUUUGGAGUGCUCGGCUUCCUUGAGCACGAGGACGAGUAUGUGGUGUGGGAUGCCACGGUCGCCAACUUCGAGAAGAUCAAUAAUGUGGCCAAAAGACAUCACAACUAUAACAUCUUCAAGACUUUUAUACGGAAUUUGGUCCGGCGGCAGUUCGAUAAAGAGCUCUCCGAGAAUCGGACCAUUAAUAAGGAGGAGAAGAUGUCCCAUCGACCGGUUAUCCUGCAGUUAUCCUGUCAAUAUGAACUGCCCGCGUGUCUUAGUCUGGCCCGAAGGGAAUUCGCCCGAAUAAGUGCCACACCGUCGCACAGAAAAGACGGCUGGAUGAGUAUUCGGGAACAGGAGACCGUAUUCUGUACGGCCGUACGCUUUGGCACGGAGGCCGAUUGGGGUGUGGUCGAUGGUCUCUAUCAGCGUUCCAUCUUCGCCGCCGAACAGGAGUCCUUGCUCUCGGCCCUGGCCUGUUCCCGCAACAUAUACUACCUGGAACGUUCCCUCAAGUGGACAUUUCAAAGUGUCGGUGUUCGGAAACAGAAUGCGAAAAGAGUUUUCCGGGCGAUUGUCUCCAAUCCACUGGGAUAUCGAAUAGCCACCGAGUAUGUCUCCAAAAAUAUCCAACUUAUAAAGAACUUUUGCAACAAUUCAACCAACAAAGUUGUGGACUUAAUGAUGCCUCUGGUGGAGAAUCUGGUAACGGAAAGUGAACUGACAUUCCUGGAGAAGUUCCUAACCGAUAAACUAAAGGAUAUGGUGGGGAUUGGAACGAUGAUCAAGUUACUCCUCGAACUGGGAAGCAAUAAUAUUCAUUGGCAUCGCAACAAAUACGAACCGAUGCUGAGUGCCAUUAGGGAUAUAUCGAAUUGGAAAUAUCAAAAUAGUUCCUUAUAAUCUAUAAUCUAUAGGAUCUAUCGUUAAAAUAAUAAUAUUUCUUUUUUCGACAUUAAACUCUAUUCUAUGUGA